UAACCAUAGUGCUCGUCGAUGCUUUCGGUUCAUGAACUGGGCACCUCUACACAGAUCGAGAAAGGAGUAAAAUCAGAAGAUUGCAGACGAAAUAACAAUGCCUGCCGAGAAGAAGAAAGAGAAGACGAAAGGAGACGAACCAGAGGUGUGCAAAGGGAUUUACAUCUUCCCGAAUGGAGACAAAUAUGAUGGAUUUUACAUACAGAUAAAUGGUUCACAAGAAAGGUGUGGAACUGGUACUAACCAUUUUGUGGAUGGGAUUGUGUAUGAAGGACAGUGGGAGAAUGACAAGAUGAAUGGCAAGGGGAAAUUAACUCAUCCCUCUGGUGCAACUUAUGAGGGAGAUUUUGUGGACAAUAAAUUUAACGGAAUGGGAAAAUAUUCCUGGCCUAAUGGUUCUUACUAUGAAGGACAGUUUGUGGAAAAUCGCAUGGAGGGUGAAGGUCAGUUCACAGACACAGAAGGGCAGAACUGGACAGGGACAUUCAGGUUUAAGGCUGCUCCUGGGUUGAGGUUUAAACUCAAUUUGGACUGAAAGUAAGCUGUGUGAAGAAAUUGGAUUGGGCUGAACUUGAACUGAGAAUGAACCUUUGGAACAGGUUCAAACUGAAAAGCAGGGGUACAAGAAGAGCUUAAAACUUACCUUGGACUGACAAUGAAACCUGUAUGUUAUAAAACGGCUGUUAAUGGUGAUCCAUUGUGAUAUGAACUGAAAAAUGGUGACAAAAUAGGAUAAUGGGAGCUUUGAGGUUCAAAUGAACCUCCAAGUUCCAAGCCCAUGGAAAUUUGGUGAUUUCAGUGACAGUAACAAAUUUCAUCAAGUGGUUUUCAUGUUCCAUUUUACGGUGAGGCCUUGUCUCCAGCCUGCCUUCAAUCCUGCAUGUAUGCAAUAAGCAAUAAAGUGUUGGGCCUGUACACGUUUGGUGGAGAUUUACGCCAAAAUGACUGUGCAAAAUAUGAUGGUAAUGAGCGGGGCAGAGUAGCUCAGAGGCUACAUGUACGUGGAAUAUUGAAUUUGUGUGGAACUUCCAUGAACAAGGCCAAGGUCGACCAUGAUACAGUUCAUGAAAAUUCUGGAAGAUAAUGAAAUUUCAAAAUUCUUUUUUCCAGGCCUUCACGGUGUGUAAUAGAAUUUCAUUCUCUAUUCAUGAAAUGUCAUGGAAAAUUAAAACGACAAAUUUCUAUUCC